AUGGAUGCCGAUUUUAAGGCUCAAUUAGAUCAAGAACGAACUAAAGUUGAAGAUGCAUUUGAUUUUCUUGGUUGUAAAGUUGGCCGAGGUACUUAUGGACAUGUUUAUAAAGCAAAGAAAAAAGAUGGAAGUGACACACGAGAUUAUGCACUGAAACAAAUCGAAGGUGCUGGUUUAUCAACAAGUGCUUGUCGAGAAAUUUCCUUAUUACGUGAAUUAAAACAUAUUAACGUUAUUAUAUUACAACGUGUAUUUCUUUCACAUGCUGAUCGUCGUGUUUAUCUUUUAUUUGAUUUUGCUGAACAUGAUCUAUGGCAUAUUAUUAAGUUUCAUCGUUCAGCUAAACAGAAUAAAAAAACUGUUGCAUGUGCACGUGGAAUGGUAAAAUCAUUACUUUAUCAAAUCCUUGCUGGAAUACAUUAUCUACAUUCUAAUUGGAUUUUACAUCGAGAUCUUAAACCAGCAAAUAUUUUAGUUAUGGGAGAUGGAGUUGAACGUGGUCGAGUCAAAAUUGCUGAUAUGGGUUUUGCUCGUUUAUUUAAUUCACCACUUAAACCAAUGGCUGAUCUCGAUCCCGUAGUUGUUACAUUUUGGUAUCGUGCACCAGAAUUAUUACUAGGUGCUCGACAUUAUACAAAAGCAAUUGAUAUUUGGGCAAUAGGAUGUAUUUUUGCUGAAUUAUUAACAUAUGAACCAAUAUUUCAUUGUAAACAAGAAGAUAUAAAAACAAGUACACCUUAUCAUCAUGAUCAACUUGAUCGAAUUUUUUCCGUCAUGAGUUUUCCAGCAGAUAAAGAAUGGGAAGACAUGAAAAGAAUGCCAGAAUAUAUACGUUUAUCAAAAGAAUUUAAAAAGAGCAAUUAUGCUAAUUGUAGUUUAAGUAAAUAUAUGGAAAAACAUAAUAUUCGAUCGGAUAGUCGAGCUUUUCAAUUACUUACACGUUUACUUACUGUUGAUCCAACUAAACGAUUAUCUGCCUUAGAUGCAAUGAAUGAUUUAUAUUUUAAAGAAGAUCCUCGACCUACUGACGAUGUAUUCGAGUCUGUUCCAAUACCUUAUCCAAAACGUGAAUUUAUUACUGAUGAUGAUAAUUCUGAUGCUGCCGCUGGUGCACAUGUAUCAAAAACUGAGCCAGCAGUUGUUGUUAAAACCGAAGCUUCAUCGGUUCUUCUAACUCAACAACAACAACCAUCUCAUGUAACACAUAGUCAGCAACAACCGAAUGUGCAUAUUAAACAACAACCCCAACAACAUAAUAAUAUGGUGCAGCAAACACAUGCUCAACAAAUUAAGUUAAUGCAACAACAUUCAUCGGGACAACCACCGGAAAAAAAAUUACGUUUAUCUGGAAAUUAUAACGCUGGUGAUCCGCCAAAUUAUGAGUAUCAAAGAAAUCCAAAUCAACAACAGCAGCAACAACAACAACAACAACUUUAUUCACGUUUUUAG